CAAGCUCCAGGUCGAAAUUUCUUUACCCCAAGCCGCUCUGCUUGCUGAACCCCGCCCAAACUGUCGCUGAAAGUCUUCUUGCUCGCUCCCAGCGCCCAAUUACAGUACUCCACGGCAUGAAUCCAUCACUAUAAUAUUUGCGCUGGAUCCUUGCCUGUGCGCAAACUCAACAAUCCUGUCGUUUGUGAGGAAUGGAGUCACCGCCGGAGCCAAGCUCACGACCGACGAUAUCGCAACCCGAUGCCGUCUUCUCACGGGGCCGGAACCCCGACCUUUCGCGGUCGCCAUAUGAGCGGAUUCCUUCGGUUGACGAUACUCGACACCGCCGUACUUCACAUUCGAUCAGUCCAGAGAGAGCCCUGCAUGCCAACCCAUCCAGCAUGGUUGGCUUAGGACUUGGUAGUUACGGCGAUGCAUUCAGCAAUGUCUUCGAUAAUGGAUCCGAUCAACGCUCCCGCAAUCAAUCGUCCUCGUCAAGCAACGCUCUUCAUGGACAAGGCCGCGACUCACCGGAUGACUUAAUCCAUACAUCACGAAAUACCCCAUCUGAGGCCUAUCUAUUAUCUUCGUACCCUAUCCAUCUCGAGAGUUCGCCUACCUUAGUGCACAACACCCCGACGUCGAAUCCUCCAGGCGAAGGCGGCAGAGGUCACUCAGGCAAUAUUAAAUGUUCAAGUCGAAAGAAUGUCGUCCAACGACGCACCUCAUGGUUGUCCAUCAGUAUCUUGAUCCUCGCAUUUUACUCUACUGCGUUUUCAGGCAUAUACCUCGUCGUCGCAUGCGUCAAACCGCGCUACGGAAGACGCGUCGGAACGGAUGGCGGACUAUCACCGUCUACAGCGUCAUUAUUAAGUGCUCUCUUUGCUAAGACGAUCGAAUUGUCGUUCGUGACUGUGUUUGUGGCCUUCCUAGGACAAGUGUUGAGCCGCAGAGCUUUGGCGAAGCGAUCUCCCGGUAUUUCUAUUGCAGAUAUGUCGAUGCGGAGCUGGAUAAUGCAACCUGGCACCCUUUUAACUCACUGGGAAAACGUUCGUUAUUCCGCCAUGACUAUUUUGGGCAUGGCCGCUCUAACUACUGCAUGGAUGGCAAUGUUAUAUACCACUGCAGCUGAAACACUGGUCUCACCAAAACUCAAAUUUGGACCGACCGAAGACACCACGCUGUAUGGUCAGGUAGCGUCGAAGUUUGCAAAUAAAGACUAUUUAGCCAACAAAUGUUUGACACCUAUUACUCCUGAGAUGGACCCGUUAGAGUACGGGGGCACCUGUAUGCAACUUACGCAUGUUGGACAUAGCUACCACAAUUACCAGCAGUACCUUGCCGACUGGGCAACUAUAUCACGGUCCGGCAAUCUCAGCUCCCGCGCUUUAUCGGAACGGCCAUAUCCAACUGGGACUUGGUAUGAUAAUACCACUGUUUCUGGAGAGUGGAUCGAUGUCCAAAAUAUGACAGAACUUUCGAGGAAGCACGGAAGAAUGGUCAACAUUGCUACUGCUGCCAUGCCGCAUGCUGGAGUAUUCAUAGCCUCAAGAGAUCCCCGUAACAAACUGCGACAGCCAUCUGACUUCGCCGGCUUUGGAGAAUUCUACAUUUCUGCUUCAGUGGCGUCUCCUGCUAUCCAAGUAACUUGUGUUGGCAUGACUGAAGAUGAGCUGACUCCGAUAAUAUAUUCGAAAUGGCCCUAUGCUCAGAAACUCAACUUCUCAGCUUGGCCGGCAUCUGCGCCGAGUGAUAUUCCUACUUCCCCUGAUAUGCUGAAUGAAACAGUUGUCGAUGACAUAUUUGGAUUUGGUAAAAAGGGAGAUCAGCAAGCUCCCAUUUUUCCAAGACUGCCCGCACCCUAUAAUACGAUAGUGAACGGUUCCGGUCGCUAUCCGUUACACUCUGUCUAUCUACUCGGCGCGUCACCUCCAUCAGAGACGAGUUCACCAUAUGUGCUUUGUAGUAUUAAGGGAGGGACCACAUCCAAAUGCUCAACCCAAUACCACGCUGCAGCAAGUGGGGGUAAGAUGGGGGUUAACUGCGAGGACAAAGAUGACGAAUUGGCGUAUCAUCGAACGGCACAUAAGUCUAAGCCCUUUUUGAUCGAUCCCGAUUGGAAAAAUGUAGCGUCGAACUGGGUGAACUCAGUCAGUUUAGGAACAGGCAUUACCGACGGGCAUUCGAGCAACGCUAGACUCCUCAUGCAGCUAACCGGAGGCUUUAAGAAUGAGACCAAGGAGUACUCUCUCAAUCCUCGAUUACCCUCAUUGGCAGAAGCGUUAGCAGCCAUGGGAAGCUCAACUCUCUUAGAAAGCACAGAAGGUGCCACUUUUUCCCAGUACUGGGAGUACGGUGAAAGCCCGGUAAUUGAGGAUGGCAAGACUGUCUACGAGGAUUUCCCGGCUACUAUUCGCGUCAGCGAAUACGCAUCUGGCGGCACAUAUUCCUGGCAAAAGAUUUUCUAUAUCGUCCUUGUCCAUGUGUUUUUGACCAAUCUUGUUUGCCUGGCGUACAUGUACUUCGAUAUUCGGGGUACCCAGGUAACCGACUUCACUGAACCCCAAAAUAUAUUUGCCUUGGCGCUGAAUAGCCCAUCGAGUGUUCGAUUACAGGGAGCCUGCGGUGCCGGGCCUGAAGGCCGUCAGCUUAGCGAACGGUGGAGGAUAGAAAUGGAUGAAGACGACGAACAUUAUUACAUUACCGGAAAAGAAGGGCAUGAGAGAUCCAGGAAUCAGGCACCUGGCCACGAUGCUGCUGGUGAUGUCGAAGGAUCGCCCCAGAAAUCCUCACUUAGCCCAGCUGUGGCCGAGUAUCGAAAGCUUCAAAAGUCGAGGCAUUCGUUUACCCUAUUGUCGUGAUCUGACAGUCUCACCCUUCUACACUAACUGUCCCUUAUUAUACCCCUGAAAAGUGCUAUACAUUUUCAUUUUCAUUUUUCAUUUUUCUUUCAUUUGGGGUUCAAGGUGAACAUUUAACUAUAUCCAUGGGGCUCUUGUGAGGGCCAAAGAUUAAAACGAUUACGUGACGGUCACAAAUUUUAUGAUAGCAGCAGCGAGAUAUCUGUUGUCCAA